AUGUGUAUGAAGAUGGGCCAUAAAAGUGAAUUAUUUUGCUCCCGCAGUGGCAAGAUGCUACUUACGGUGUACGCGGCCCUGCUUCUCUGGAGGAUAGACUGCGUCGUCGAGAGCACCAAAGUUAUAAAGAGCAAUAUGCGGCAUCAGACAACACUGCCGAUCACCAAAGUGGGUCCCACCGCGUCCCUGAGGGAUGCUGAGCCAGACUUCAUUGGACCUAUAGAGAACGUCACCGUUGCUCUUGGGAGAGAAGCUGUGCUCACUUGUUCUGUAUCAGACCUUGGAGAUUAUAAGGUGGCGUGGAUCCGAGCUGAUGAUCAGACAAUAUUAACACUGCAUACAAGAUUGGUAACUCACAGUUCCCGGUAUGCAGUCACCAAUGACUCUCCAAGGUCGUGGCAGCUUCACAUCCGACCUUUGAAGGUGGAGGAUCGAGGGUGUUAUAUGUGCCAGAUUAACACCAGCACAAUGAAGAAACAGAUUGGAUGCGUCGAUGUUUUAGUGCCUCCAAACAUAGUGGACGAAGGUACGAGUGGAGACCUCGUCUCCAGAGAAGGUCAAGAUGUAAGUCUCUCCUGCAGAGCUGAAGGUAGACCUUUGCCAAGAAUUCUUUGGCGAAGGGAAGAUGGAGCCAAUAUUCAGUUGAGAAACGAAGCUGGUGAGCUUCGAAAAGUGGACAUGUUCAUGGGUCCAAGCCUGAACUUGUCGAAGGUGGAGCGACGGCAGAUGGGCGCGUACCUCUGCAUUGCGUCCAAUGACGUACCGCCUUCUGUAAGCAAGAGGAUAAUGCUUAGUGUUACUUUUCCACCAUCAACCUUAGUGGCGACCAAGGUGAUUGGUGUACCAACGGGGUCUCAAGCCAGACUGGAAUGCUUCGUGGAAGCAUUCCCUCAAGCCAUACAUUACUGGCUCAAAAGUGGUGAAGAAAUGAUACUAUCAGGUGGCAAACAUGAAAUAUCUGAAGAACGUAUAUCAUCAUAUCAGCUGCGAACGAUACUCGUAAUAUCGCAGUUUGAUCCAGAGGAUGUUGGUACUUACACCUGUGUAGCUACCAACACCAUGGGCAAGGCAGAAGGAACUCUACGGUUAUAUGAAAUCAAAAUUACAACAACAACAACUACAACGACAACUACAACAACGACGACCACGACGACUACAACAACUCCGGCGCCGACAACAACGGAGCCACCGCCACGAUUCGUGGUACCUCUACAACCAGCAGAACAAAAGUUCUACACGCCAGAUGUCACAACGUAUGACACAAUGCAGAACGUGAUUGAGCAGUCCGUUCUCGACAACAACUGGUUGCCGACUGCAGAUUCUGCGGCCACAAGUCACCAUCAAGCCUUUACUCUCCCCACUCUCGCGCUGUUCUCAGUGCUGCCAUAUCUAAAAUAUAUUAUUAGUAGUAGUUUUUAUGCGAUUAUUGUAAUUAGCAGGAAUUUUCAAUUUGUAACACAGAGUGCAAGAUGA